AUGCCCUUAUUUGGAUCGUCACACCCUGAAACGUCUAUCACCAUUAAGGUGAACCAGAUAUGCGAGAACCGCAACUCUGAAAUUGAAGAUAUUGAAUUGCAUUUGAAUGAUUUGAUUGCCCUUGUUGAAGUUCAAAGACUUUCUGGUGCUACUGAAUGUGCACGGGCCAUAAGGAAAAAGAUCAAAUACGGUUACCAUGAUGAGCAGUUACGAGCAUUGUCAUUAUUGGAAUUGAUUACCUUGAAUGGUGGGUCCAAGAUUGCACCCGCAAUCUCUAAAGACUACAAAUUGCUAGAACUUCUUGAGUCUAUUAUUCGAGGAAGACUGACUGGUGGUGCUGGGGUGCCGUACCAUAAGCUGGUGAUAGUGAAAACAAUCAACUUGGCAAUUGGAUGGAAGGAAGAGUUUAGAGACUUGCCUGAUUAUCAGGGAAUGGCACAACUAUACAAGGUUAUCCCUAAGAACAUUAGGAAAUCGAAUAGAUCGAAGGAGAAUCAAGAUGUGACCGAUUCAGGCCAUAGUAAUAGUAAUAUGGAUUCUAAAGAGUCGAUAGACGAACCGUUCUCAAACAAUACCUCAACGUCCGCCUUUGCAUCUGGUUCAGGUUCUGCUACGAGGAAUGACGUGGGUAAGGGAGGUGAAGACGAUUAUCUGGCUGUCAAGAGAUUAUUAAAAGAACAAAAAUCGAAGAAGAAGAAGGAAAGACAAGAAAAGUACGCCAAAGCCCUGAUGGGAGGUAGCUCUGGACGUAAGAAGAAUAAGAAGAAAGGUAUUAUGUAUGCUGAUGAAGAAUAUGGAAUUCCCCAAAUUAAUUACACACUUGAAGCCCCGAAGAUUAGAGCUCUUAUAGCGGACUCCCAAACUCAUUCGACUGCCUUGAAUAAUGCAAUGUUGAGCGUUCCAAAUGGUACGUCUCCUAUGGACGAUUCAAAAUGCUCAAAGGAAUUUGAAAAGUGUAGAAGCUUGAGAAGAAAAGUAUUACGCUACUUGCAGUUUGUGGGAGCAGGUGAUGUUUCUCACAAAUCAAAGGAGGUAAUGGCAAUGGAUGAAGAAUUUUUAGGCAGUUUACUUGAAGCUAAUGAGAAGUUUGUUAAUACUUUUAAUAAGUUCGAUGCAGCUUGUGGAAACCCCACUCAAGAUUAUGACAACAAUGUGGGAGAUGAUUCUGAUUCCAGUUGGGAUAGUUAUUACGAUAGUGAUUCUGAUGACGAAGAUGAGGCUGAAGAGGCAGAUGAGAGUGUUUCCGAUGUAUCGAACCGGAUGGAAAACUUACAGGUCAAACCUAAAAAGGUUCCUCCACCAAGGCCAUCAAAGUCUUCCCAAUUGUAUGAAACUUUCCCAUUACAAACUCAGAAGACUUUUGGUGAUGACAGUAACCCUUUUGGAGAUUUCAAUGCGGUUGCUGACGCAAACAGGAACACGCCAAAGGCUCCUAAUGAAUCUGAGCAAGUUGCACAGUCUCUUUUACAUGUUGUAGCAAACUAUCAACAGGAUUUGCGAAAAGAGGUGAAGCAUAAGAUUUCCACAGAGCAGAAGAUCCAAUAUAAGAACAUAUCCAUAGCCAAACUCACAUACAAUUUGCAUAAAACAAUAGAACAUAAGAAUAAGAAGCUAUUGAAGUUAUAUCUGACUAAGGGAAACGAUACAGAAGAAGAAGGCACAUUGGCUGAUGUUUCUAAUAAUAAUACAUUGGACAAAGAAGUCAGCGAAACACUUAACUACGCUUUUAAAGUUUCAGGCAAAGUGCGCAACUUGAGUCAACGUCUUUUGGAAAUUGAUAAGAGGUUGAAUCAGCAAAAAUCAUUAAAGGUUAAACAAUAUCCUAAAUUGGUUUCUUUGCUUGAUAUUCUGAGUCUUGAUCAAACUACUAUGCACUCGUUACCUUCUUCUUCUUCGGACCUAAUACAUUGCCAUUCUACAUUUGAUGAUAAUUUUGACAAAGAGUCAAAUAAAGAAAUGGAACCAACAGCUACGGAAAUUAUGAAUGAAACGGAGCAAGAUUCACUGGUAUUGAAUUCAAACGUAGAUUAUUUGAUUAUUACCUCAGAAAACGACGUUCAGAAUGUUGAUCAAGAAGUUAUCGGUUCCGGUAGGGAUGAUGUCCAUGGAAUGCUAGUGGAAGUUGGUACUAAAAAGCCGACAGAUUACACUGAAAUCGGUAGUAACGAUGAAAGAGCCUCAAUAUUGGAUAUUAAGGAUACAGAAGAGUUUAACGAAGAAGAUUCUAUGGACCAACAAAAAUUUGAAGUGUUUAUGUCUGAAAGUAUUCAGAAAUACAGAGAGUUACAAGAGGAUAAAUACAAUGAUUCUGAUUUAUUUGAAAGUUAUGGUUUACCAACAUCAUCUAAGAAAGAUCAAAAUGAAUCAACACCUUUGGGAACCAAUAAUAGUAAAUUCACUACCAAUAACCCAUUGAACUUGUUGUACAGCAAUUUGAUUCUGGGUUCGCUGAUGGCCCUGCCCUCAACGGAGGAAUCAGCAACUUCGCUUAUUUUUUUACCAUCAAUGAGUGUCAAGCUGGCAGCCACUGUUAAACAAUCUUUACGUAACUCUCAUUUCAAGAAGCUUCGAAUUAAUGGGAAUCCAAUCACGUCAGCGACUUUCCAAAAUAUGAAAGACAAACCAAAAUGUGCCUGUGAUGAGCACAAGGGAAUAAGCAAUGAAUCCGAUUCACCAAUUAAAAUCAAUAAUAUGCCUGAUCUUGAGCAUUUGGAUAUAUGUUCAGAAAUCGAAGACGAAGAGCUCACGUAUAGCUCAUCGGCUUUAAACUCGGACGAAAAUGAAAGUGAUCUAUUGUUAGGCUCAUCUGAUGAUGAUUCAGACGAUAAUAUCGAGUCUAACGCAAUUUCAGAUGAAGGCGCUCUUUCUCGUGUGACUAAUGAGUAUUAUAUAUCGUUACAACGAAAGUUAAAGAGAAAGCGACGAACUCCGAAGCAAUUCAUCCCAGAGUUAGCAAAAGAUCGGGAUGAAUCUCCUACACCGAAACACAAGCCAUCACAUAGAACUUUGAAGCCAAAAAGAUCAAUUUUGAAAAGUACUCCGCACGGUGGACCAAAAAGAUUGGCAUUUUCAGAGGUUGAAAGUAGAGAAUGCCCACCAACUGAAGAAGCCGAUGUUAUAGAACAUACUCAACCUAUAAACACUAAAGACAAUAUUAUUAAUGUUCCCCACCAACUGAACUAUAGUGUUUCACCUGUUAUGGUACUGGGUACCAUUUUGACAUCCCCUGAAAGCGAUACCAUUGGACAAGAGGAAAUGACUAAGGAAAAUAGAUGCGAGGCUACUAAAGCACAAACAAUUUCUAACUUACGGGUGCUUUUGGAACAGGAUGCACAUUGA